AUGUCCACUGGAAAGAAGCCAACUCUGUACGCUGUAGAAGCGAUUCCCGCCGGCCGCCUAGUCGCCCUGGUGGCCCGAAUCGUUGGAGUCGAGCUGGACGUCAAGCCGAUCGACCUCUACGCAAAGGAGCAGCUGAAACCCGAGUUUAUCAAGAUCAACCCCUUUCACUGCAUUCCGACACUGGUAGACACUGACGGCUUCACACUGUGGGAGUCGGCGGCUAUUGCCUCUUACCUUAUUCAAAGCCGAACGCCAAACUCUGACCUUUAUCCGGCAAAGGACCUCAAAAAGCGCCUCACCAUUGAUCAGUUUCUGCUGUACAACACCGGCACACUGUACCGCUCUCUCACCGACGUCCACUACGCCGUCUUUCAGGGAACUGACCCUGUUCCCAAAGUGGAACGCCUCAAAGAGGUUCUAGAAACGGUGAACUCUUUUUUGGAAGGUCACAAAGGACAAAUGGUGGCAGGAGGUGAUAAGCUGACACUGGCAGACAUUGCCCUUUACGUCAACCUAAGCUACAUCGAGGUGAUCAAGUUCGAUAUUACUGAACUUGCAGCUCUGCAGAAGUACAGAGCCCAGGUUAAGGAGGCGCUGGCGCCGUACAACGUCAAUGGCUGGUGCGAGCAGCAGCAGGCGCUGCUGAUAAAGCUGCUUGCAGACUUUAAGGUAAAGUUUGCCGAGGAUCAGGCAAAGGCAAAGACGCAGUAA